AUGGGGCCAGUGGCUUCCGAAGCCUACAUGCUCUGCCUCAUUAUAUUGUCUGAAGCUUCAUUUUUGUCUCUGCAAGAAGGUUGGCGGUUUGAUGUGAUGGAGGUUGGUGUGCUGUUAAGGAACUGCAGUCACAUCGUCAGCGAUCUCGAGAAAAUAUUCCAAGUCUAUUGGGAAAUGGCGGAUGAGAAUUCCACGCUUCCCACAACCUGGCCGGAAAAUCUUAGCACCUCGAUCAACAGCAUAACUCCUGCCCAUUUCGAUCUCAACGGCACGAGCACAUUAACGUACAUAGCGAGUUCUCCUCCUUUCUUAACGACUUCCGGAAGGACGGAGGACAUUGACGCAAUCAUUGACGUCAUCAGUAAGGCGGAGGAAUUUGUCUACGUUGCGGUCAUGAACUACCUGCCCAUAGAUUAUUAUUCCAAAACGAGAAGGUUGUGGUCGGUAAUCGACGAUGCGUUGAGACGCGCCGCCGUUGAAAAUGGCGUCCGUGUGCGCCUCCUGGUGUCGAAGUGGAGCAAGACAAAGCCGGUCAUGUGGAACUUCGUGGAAUCUCUCGCCUCCCUAAACACCACUAAUAUCUCCAUCGAAGUCAAAGCUAUGAUGAUUCCAGCCUUCACAGAAGAGCAACGCAAGACCCCGUACGCUAGAGUGAAUCACCAAAAGAUGAUGAUUACAGACACAGCGGCUUACAUUGGAACAUCGAACUGGGAGCCCAACUACUUCAUCAAGACUACAGGCGUUGGCUUGGUGUUAUACCAGAACUCAAGCGAUUCCAUCAGGGGGCAAUUGAAAGCGGUUUUCGAGCGAGACUGGAAUUCCAAUUUCACUUACUACGUCAGGCCUGGCCACCGAAGAAAACUCUCAUGAUUCC